CACAUCUUCCAAACAAACAACCAAACAGGCAAAAAUUCCGGGCCAGCAGCAACCUAUUUUUUGUCAAACUCGCCACACCCACGAUGUCUCCAAUCAAAUUUCUAUGGAUUGUGGCGGUGUCUCUGACAGCAGCAUCAUCACGCGCCGCCGCGCUAAGCGAGCCAGAAAACAAGCUAACAGCCUAUGAUGUGAUGCAGGAGUACGGUUUCCCGGUGGGUCUUCUCCCCAUCGGAGCUCUCGGCUACUCGCUCAACAGACAAACCGGCGAGUUCGCCGUGUAUUUUGAUGGAUCCUGCAACUUCAACAUCGAGUCGUAUCGUCUUAGCUACAAGCGCACCAUCACCGGAGUUAUCACGAACGGGAGGCUCUACAAGCUUAAAGGUGUGUCCGUGAGGGUUUUGCUUCUGUGGCUUGAUAUUGUUGAGGUUAAAAUCCGCGGUGGUGAUGUGGAGUUUUCUGUGGGGAUUGCUUCGGCGAAUUUUGGAGUUGAUAAUUUCUAUGAGUCUCCUCAGUGUGGGUGUGGGUUUGAUUGCAAUAAUCUUCGGUUGAACGGUGAACUUUCUGCUUCAAUUUAGGGUUAAUUCAAAUUCAGAGUACAUUAUUGGGGUUUGAGGAACCCUAGAUCUGCAUAAAUUUCAUGGUUGAGUAAUCCAGCAGUGUAGAUUUGUAGAUUCAUCAGGGUAGUGUUUGUUUGCCCUCGCAUGAAUCAGGCCUUUUGGUGGUUGUUUGUUGUAUCAAUUGUCUGAGAAUUCAAUGAAAUUUCACUGUUGUUACUUGUA